AUGGGUCCAACUCCGUUACAGUCAGCGAUGCUAAUGGGUUCACCUUGUUUUCCAAACUCCAUUGUUUGGUCUCAAGACAACCUCAUUGCUGUUGCUUCUGGUCACAAGAGUUGUGAAUGCUCUGCAUUGGAAGGCGAGUGUGGUUUUCUAGCUGCGAAUCUGUAUGCAAAGAGUGUUUUUGGGGAAGAUGCUCUUGUGAAUAAUCAUCUUCUCAGACCAAAAUCAAAGACUAAUGUUGUUCUGGAACCUAGGCGCUCUUCUUGUGCCAGAAACACAGUUCCUUCGUAUCGUGAAGAGUUUGGCACAGACCUUCCGCAGUUGCGGAAGAGGUCAAGGUCAAGUUCAUCAUCUUGGGGAAGGAGUUACACUAACACUGCGAGGCCACUGAAUGAAAUAAAAAAAGCUACAGAUCAAGAAAGAAAGCGUGCUUUGGAUGCUGCAGAGGCACUCCAAAUAAAUUUGCAGUCUUCAAAUCCAUCACUUAUCAAGUCAAUGGUUUGGUCUCACGUUUAUAGAGGUUUUUGGUUGGGUCUUCCAAGGAGAUUUUGCGAGGAACAUCUUCAAAAAGUAGACUAUAAAAUGGUUUUAGAGGAUGAAAAAGGAUCAGAACAUGAUGCUGUUUACCUUAGGAAGAAAACUGCGCUUAGUGGUGGCUGGAGAACAUUCGCAUUGAAACAUAAAUUGGAUGAUGGUGAUGCGGUAGUUUUUGAAUUGGUUGAAGCAGCAAGAUUUAAGGUACUUUAUGUUGCCAAUUUUCAUCCAGCUCUCUUUUAA